AUGAUGGUCCUGUACUUCAAGCAGUACGGGCCGCUGUCCGGUGGGUCGCUCGUGCACCCGCACAUGCAGAUCAUGGCUCUCCCCAUCGUGACCCCGGAGAUGCAGCUCCAGAUCGCUCAUGCCCAGCAGUACCACGACAAGUUCGGCAGGUGCCUGAAGUGCCACGCGCUGCGGGACGAGCUGCUGAGAGACGACCUUCCGCGCCAGCGGUUGCUGUACGAGAGCCCGCACUUUCUGGCGGUGAUGCCCUUCGCGGGCCGUGCUUUCCACGUCUCGGUCGUGCCCCGCGCGCACAGCCACACCUGGCUCGGCAUAGGCCGGGAGGAGGUGGACGACCUGGCCGGCGUGGUGCAGCUGCUGAUGGAGACGCUGUACCACCUGCUGGACGAUCCCUCGUACAUCAUCUCGGGCAUCUUCUCCGUCGACUCCCCGCGCAUGCUCGAGGAGUUUGGAGACUCCGUGAAGGACGCCUUCCACUGGGGCCUGGAGAUCUAA